CUUUGGGAAGCGAAUAGCGUAUACGUGAUAAAGCUUGCGUUCGACUGUAGGCAUAACGUAUUUUAAAGCAAUUACCAGAUUUGCACACAGACGCCGUCGUUUGUGCUGAACUUUGGCAAACUAUUGUGCGGAAAACGGAACGAGAUCUUCUGCUUUGGUUGAAAAAAUUCGCUACAAGCAAACCGUCCAUCCAUUCACGCACAAUGACUACCACACCGAGUUUUCCAUUGGCCGCGAGAAGGAAGAGAGUUAUUAGGCUUUGCUGUCUCGGGGUACUGUUUAUUACACUGGCAUACGCAAUCAUCGUGAUUGAUCCCACCGAGGUUAUUGUGGAAGAUAAACUGUCCAUGUACGAAGGGUCCUUCCUCAAUCGUCUGUGGAAGAAACCGCCGCUGGAGGUGUUCAUCAGUAUUUACGUGUUCAACGUGAGCAACCCUGAGGCGUUUAUGCGAGGAGAGGAGCGGCUGCGGUUGCAGGAAAUCGGCCCAUACGUGUACCAGGAGUUUUUGGAACACCGUAACUCAACCUUCAACCCGAAUGGGACCCUCAGCUUCGUGCCAGUGCGGCGGCAGGUUUUCGUUCCUGAGCGUUCGGUUGGUGAUCCGAAGGAGGAUCGCAUCAUGAUACCCAACAUUGCCCUGCUCGGGGUGUCGAGUGCCGCUUACAGGAUGUCCACGUUUGCUGCCCUUGCCGUAGCCGCGGCGCUACGGCCCCUCGGAAUGCCACCGAUCUUGAACAUUACCACACAUGACCUUCUCUGGGGGUACGAUGAUCCGUUGGUGAAAAUUGCUUCCACUCUCCUGCCAGACAUCAUCCAUUUUCAAAAGCUAGGCAUAUUGGAUCGGAUGUUUGACGACGGCUUAGAUACUGUUACGAUAAACCUACCUGAAUCAGUACGAAGUCAGCAACUGGCCAAAGACGACAGCUUUGAUGCCGAAACAGGCGACGAUCACCCACUUAAUCUACAUGAGGACUACUAUCAGGAUGCAGUGUCCAAUGCCGACGCGGACGAGCCGAUCAGAGAUUACUCGAUCGAUUUGUGGAACGGAUCACCGGGACUGUCCCAUUGGGGUUAUGUUUCGAAAGACCAUUGGGAUGCCGAUAAAAGAAACACUCCAUGUAACACACUGCAAGGAUCGUACGAUGGCUCCGUUUUUCCGCGAAACAUUUCCAAAAACGAAGUCUUCAAAGUGUACCGCAAAGCGUUUUGCCGGACACUGCCGAUUGGGUUUGAAAGAGAGGGCGAAGUGGACGGUAUUAAAGCGUAUUGGUUCUCCAUACAAGAGAAUGCGUUCGAAAGCUCUCUCGACGAUCCGUACACAUCAUGCUACUGUCGGAACAACAAGUGUCUCCCAAAGGGCCUGGGAGAUUUGAGUCCCUGCUGGUACAACAUUCCGGUCGCAGUAUCACUACCCCAUUUCUACAAAGGUGAUCCAUCUCUCGCGCGGGCGAUUGACGGCCUAAACCCAAACAAAGAAAAGCACGAUGCUGUUAUCAUUAUGCAACCGCAACUCGGUAUUCCCAUGCAGGCAAACAUUCGCGUUCAAAUCAGCCUAUUAUCGAACAUUAGCUUCAAUUCCGAGUUGAAACCGUUCCAUAAUACUGUCAUCCCACUGAUAUGGGCAGAAAUGUCGCUGGAAAAGCUCACGCCGGAACUGAUUUUGCUGCUUAAUCUUCUGUUCGGGAUUGCGCCGUACUUGCAGACAGGUUUCGUGUGCUUGCUAGCGCUACUGGGGGCUUCGCUACUGGCCACGGCAGCGUUAGUGUUGCUCUGCUCCGCGCAAGCCACCACUUUCGAAUACGAUCCGCGAAAAUCGAUCCGGUAUUCAACGGUCAACAUGAUACCUUACCCGCUACGAAAGGAGUUAGAAAAGUAUGGAGAAGGCGAGCCAAUCCGUCGGGAGCCGCUCCUGAUAGAGAACUAUGCGUGAAUCUAAUCAUCUAAUCGCCACGAUACACUACGGCUAACUUAUUUCGUUGGUUAGAGCAUCUUUCCGCUACACGGUGACCAGAGCGGGAACUUUCGAACUGAUUUGAUUAUUCUUAUAGAAUAAUUAUCUAUACACAGAUAGGGAGGAAGACAUUAAACCAGUGCUGAAAGACACUCGUUACAAUUAUUUCAUUGUGAUAUUUUGUUGAAUACGUAGACGUAAAGACACCUUUUCAGGUUUCAGCAAAUAUAAUAUUGACGCGAACUGUUAAACUAAUUUUAACUCGUCGCUGGACAUUUAAGGUACAAGUAAUUUACGGCAGUCAUAAGAUGUUCUGGGAGAA